AUGACUUCGAACGGGUCUUACAUGAUUUUCAUAAAGUAUUUCCCGAUCAUUUUAAUAAUAAUAUUGUGCUCAUAAAAGCAUUCAAAGCGCAAAUCUCGCGCAUGCUUUUCCGGAAUUUCCGGAGGAGCUCAACAGAAUCCCGGGUCCAGAAUGUCGAUCAAUAAUUAGAGAUUCCGAAUUUCGUCGGAUAACCAGAAUGUAAAAUCUCAAAAACAAAUAUCGCGAUUAAUUAAAUCAAAAAUGGGGUUUUUACUCGGUUUAACUUAUUGUUGUUUAUGGUACAGCAGCAUUUUAGCCGGUUAUGUCGUUUUAUUUUGCCCAUUACUCCCGUUAUUGCUGAUUUCGAAUAAAAAUUAUCGCAAAAUGACCGAUAUCGUAUUCGCAAUUUGGCAGACUUAUCCAACUGCCCUUUUAGAAAUUUUAUGCAAAUGCGAUAUCCAAAUAACUGGAGAUUACGUGAGUUCGAAAGAAACUUCUUUGCUCAUUAUGAACCAUCGAACACGAACUGAUUGGAAUUUUUUAUGGCCAGCUUUACACCACGCAAUAACCGGGGAGAACAAUCCGAGUUACCCCACAAAAUUCGUCCUAAAAGACUCAAUAAGACACAUCCCUGGACCAGGGUGGGUUAUGCAAUUAGCGUGCUUCACUUACCUCAAAAGAGAUUGGAUGAUUGACAAAGAACGGAUCAAAAACGUCCUCGAUUACUUCAUCGAUUUAUCCUACAAGUUUUCGAUGAUGAUUUUCCCGGAAGGAACCGAUUUCACCCCUAAAACAAAGAAAUUAAGCGAUAAAUACGCAGAAAAAAACAAUUUAGAGAAAUACGAUUACGUUCUGCACCCAAGAACCACGGGAUUCACCUACAUCGCAUCGCGAUUAUUAAAAACUAACUCCCUAGAUGCGAUUUACGACGUCACCAUUGCGUAUUGCGAUACAAUCCCUCAAACAGAACUCGACAUCUUAAAAGGAAAUUUCCCCAAGAUGAUUAAAAUCCAUUUUACGCGAUUUCCAAGCGACAUCCUCCCAAAAACUAAAGACGGGUUAAAUUCUUUCCUAAAAGAACGUUGGGAAUCUAAAGAACGUAUCCUAAAAGAAUUUUUUAAUUCGGGGAAUUUCCUGCAUGGAAAAACCCUUCGUUACCCACACAGCGAUUGUGUCAAAUACAUUUCUUUGGCGUUUUGGGGAAUGAUGCCGGGUUUGGCCACUUAUUUAUUGAUGGAAAAUCAUUUUUAUCGACACAUGGUUGUGUCGCACACAUUCUUUUUGGUUUUUUUGAACGUUUUUGGGAUCGGAUUUCAAAGCGUCGAGAUUAACUUGUAUAAUUUAAAAAAAGUGUUUUGGGGAAUUUUCAAAAUGUUUCAUUAAGGACGAUGUAAAAGAACGUUAACGACAAUCUUAAUGAAUUUGCGUUGGUUUUUUUCGUUCUAAUCGUUAUCAAAAGUGAAUAAAUGUGCCAAAUUUCACUUGUAAAUUAACAAAUAUCGGUGUUAAAUUAAAAUAAAUUAAGGUAAGGAUUAGUAAAGCUAAUAAAUAAGUGUAAAAUGUGACAUCUAUGUCUUUGUAAAUGUAAAGAGAUUAUAUAAACAAAAUUAGAUGGUUAUUGAUGUAUUUUUGUAAGAUAAAAAUGAAAAUUGUGUCAUUUAAAUUAGUAUGAUAAAUUUAUAGAUUAAUGUGUAGAUAAAUAAAUGUAAGUUAAAUGUCAAAA